GCACUGUGACAGCAGCUCCAUCCCGCGUCCCCAUGCGAUUCUUUGGCGGCGGCGGCGGCGGUGCCGUGGCAGUCGAAGAUCAUGCGCCGUCGUGGUCAGAUCUUCAGGCCGCGUUGGAGGCAAAGUCCUCCAAAGAGGAGAAGGAGUUCCGAUCGAAGCUGUCGAAGGGACAGGUUGCCAAUGCAAUGGCGAAUCUCCGAGUUUUCGACAAGGAUUCUGACUCCGCCAAGCGCGUGACUCUCUACCGAGAUACCGCAUCUUGGUGUCCAUACUGCCACAAGGUGUGGCUUCUGCUUGAAGAGAAACAGAUUCCCUACAACGUCAAGCGGGUCAACAUGGCCUGCUAUGGCAACAAGCCGCCGGAAUUCCUUGCGGUGCAGCCAAACGGGCAGAUUCCUGUGGCCGUUAUCGACGGCGAAGUAUUAAGGUCAUCUGAUGCCAUUAUAGAACGUAUACUGCGAAUGAACGGCGCAAGCUCGGAGGUUGAUCAGUCCUUGGACCCCUUUGACGAUGCUCAGAGCACGAAUCUGCUUCGUUUGGAGCGGCAGCUCUUCUCAGCCUGGCUGGGGUGGCUGUGCCGUGGUGGGGGGCGACCCGACUUUGAGCGAACCCUGCGGAAGGUGGAGGACACUCUGAGCUCCAGGAGCAGUGGGCCAUACUUUCUUGGCGAUCGCUUCUCGCUGGUUGAUAUCAUGUAUGCGCCCUUCAUCGAGAGAGCUGUUGCCUCGCUGGCCUACUUCAAGGGCUACAACAUUCGGGAUCGAGCGGCUUUUCCGGCCAUCAAUGCCUGGUUUGAUGCAAUGGAGUCGCGGCCAAGCUACAGGGCAGCCAAAUCCGACUACUACACCCAUGCACAUGACUUGCCUCCUCAACUCGGUGGCUGCAACGCAGAAAGCGGGGGCAAGGCCGCCCGGGACGAUAUCGACGGUCAUGCUUGGAAGCUCCCACUCCAGGCAGACGUCAUCGAGCCCGAGUGGUCUUGGAUCUCAUCUGCUGAGGCCCGUCGAGAAGCCGCAGAGCGAUUGAUCAACAACCACGAGGCUGUCGCUCGCUUUGCAUCUCGCGCUCGGUCUGGACCUGGAUUUCCGCCUGCGUGGGCAGAGCUUUCCGAUCCCAACGCAAAGCCAGCCGAGAAGUGGAUCUCCACGAUGGAUGUGUUCCUCCGCCACACCGUAGACAUGUUAUUGGCGGGCGAUGCCGCUGCUGCUGAUCGCGAUGAUGCUGAUCCCCUCCGAUCGGCUUCGUGGGAGGCAGCUCAGAAGAGCAUGCAAUCCUUGAAGGGGGAAGACCGUAACGACCUUGCAGAAUGCCUGCGAUACCUGCAGCAACGCGUAGGAGUUCCGCGGGAUAUGUCUCUCAAUGCAGCGAGGCGUUUGCGCGGCGAACUGGGGAAGUUGAUCGCAGCGCUUUGA